UCUCACAGAAAACUAAAGGAACCGCCACUUACACCUCUUUGUUGAGAUUCACCUCAGACGUCUUUCUAGAAGACGUGCGCAUACUGUUGAAGUGAUUUGAUACAAGCUUGCGUUGUCUGAGACAGAUCAACUGCCUGCGAAUUGACCCCAGAGCUCAGCUGCGCUCGGCGCGAAGAUGGCCUCAACGGAUGACCGGAAAUCAACCCAGGCCUCAACACAGGAUGGACCUACAACACAGGACGAGAAACAUCACAAGUCUCACGAAAAGGACAACAAGCAACAAGUCGUGAAGCAGAGUAAAGGAAAUGGCAAAGUAUUGACGCCAUGGGUGUACGAUCUCGGACUGGGUACCUUCAAUCUGGCUCUGGAUGUCUUCUUCAGAGAAAUCUACCCGAGAAACACUUUCCGAAUUCCUAAGAAAGGUCCUGUUAUUAUUGUUGGCGCACCUCAUGCAAACCAAUUUGCCGACUCGAUCAUUCUCAUGCGGUUGUUGAAGCAACAUGUCGGACGCCGCAUGUCUUUCUUGGUGGCCGAAAAGUCAAUGAAAGAACCUUAUAUCGGUGCUAUGGCUGGCAAGAUGGGCUCAUUACCAGUCACUCGAGCUAUGGAUCAUGUUAAGCCUGGCCAAGGAUACAUCUGCCUGCCGGAUCCUGAGAACGACCCUACACUGAUUCGUGGUAUGGGAACCAAUUUCUUGAAUGGCCAAUACAUGCAUGGCGGCAGCAUCAUCAUGCCUAAGCGACCUGGAUCUAAAGCAGCACCCGAGAGCCAGUAUAUCGAGGAGGUUCUAGGGCCCAGGGAGUUUCGCCUACGCGAAGCAUUCAAAACCGAAGAUGCAAUUCUUCAACUCACUGGCGAGAGCAAAGCACCCGAUGGAAGCAAGAUCAAGGGUACCAAAUUCAAGGUCGCACCUCACAUCGACCAAAAUCGCAUGUUCGACGCGGUCUACCGUGAGCUCGCCAAGGGAGCUUGUGUUGGAAUCUUCCCUGAAGGUGGAUCUCACGACAGAAGCGACUUGCUGCCGCUGAAAGCUGGUGUUGCCAUCAUGGCUCUGGGUUGUUUGGCCCGUGAUCCAGAUUGCGGCCUGACCAUCAUUCCCGCUGGCAUGAACUACUUCCAUGCACACAAGUUCCGCUCGCGAGCUGUCAUCGAGUUUGGCAACCCUAUCGACGUACAUCCUGAUCAAGUAAAGGCUUUCAAAGCUGGAGGUGCUGAGAAACGCGAUGCUAUCGGAUCACUCUUGGAGACAAUCUACCAGGGUUUGGCCGCAGUCACACAACCUAGUCCGGAUCAUGAGACGCUUCAACUCAUUCAAGCUACACGCCGUCUUUAUAACCCUCCUGGUCGCAAACUUCCUCUACCUGUUGUUAUCGAGUUCAACAGACGUCUGCUCAAAGGCUACACCAAGUACCAGGAUGACCCGCGCGUAGGACGACUGAAGAAAGCGGUCGUUGAUUACAAUCGCCAUCUUCGAGCUCUAGGUAUCAAGGACCAUCAAGUUGAGUGGGGCGAUGCUUCUGCUCGCCCUUGGUGGUGGUGCUUGGCUACACUUCUCUACCGCUUGGGAGAGUUGUUGCUUCUGGCUCUGGGCACACUUCCUGGUAUCUUGAUGUUCUGGCCAGUCUUUGUGACUUCAAAGAUGAUUUCCAUCAAGAAACAAAGGAAAGCUCUCGCUGGAUCGGUCGUCAAACUUCAAGGCCACGACGUCAUGGCAACAUGGAAGAUUCUUGUUGCCAUGGCUCUCGCUCCUGCUUUGUAUAUUUACUACACUGCACUUGUCAGCUUCUGGCUCUACUAUAACCGUGUUGGUGGAUCCUACACCUACUCAUUGCCUUGGUAUCUCCGAGCAAACACCUACAUCCCCGACUUUGUUCCUCUCUGGCAGUUCUCCAUUUUCUUCUGGGCUCUCAUGGUUUCUGUCUCUCUUGCCGCUCUCCGCAUCGGCGAAAUUGGCAUGGAUAUCCUCAAAUCGCUCCCUCCACUCUUCGUCGCUCUGAACCCGUCAUCAUCGGCGUCACUCACCCAGCUGCGCGCCCAUCGCAACGCUCUCGCCAAACAGGUCCGCGAAACCACCGAUGCCAUCGGCCCCGACGUCUUCCCCGGAAUGGUAGCCCGCGGUAUGGAACAAGCCGAGCACGAACAGGAAGGCGAAGCCUACCAAUCACAAAUGAAGAGAAGUUCAUUAGCCGACAAAGCAGACGAGAGAAGCAGAAGUCGCGGACCCGGUCCAUUCUGGUGGCCCAGUGCCCUGACUCCUGGUAGCAGAUCUACGACCUUUUCUAUGGAGUCGCCUGCUCCCGAGAGAAGAGGAAGAGGCAGAUCUGUAAUCCAGACACAGGAAGUUGAGAAUGAGAACGAGAACGAAAAGGUUGACGAGUAUAUCGAUUACAGUUACUAGCGAAUUCUGCACACUCUCUUGCAUAUAGUUGUAUAGCCUCUCCAGUAUAAUGAAUGAUCUGCACAGCCUUCUCUGCUUCUGCGCCC